AUGGUAAACGAGGACGUAGAUUUAAGGAGUAAACCCGGCGUGGGUGUGAUGCCGGGGUCUCCGCAGGGUUCGUCUCGGGUUCCGGGAAAUUCGGGACGGGUCCUGUCAGCUUGGUAUCAGAGCUUAGGUUCAACUUCUUGUGGACCCCGCACCUUGUGUGCAUCCUUAAGUUGUGGGAGCAUGAUGGGUUCCGUCACAGGACGUCCUCAUUUCGACGCAGAGGACUCUUUGACAUGGAUGGAUUUAGGGUAUUGA